GACUGGAAUGCAGACACAAAACGUACCAUAAAAAAAAGAAGCGUUAAUAAUGCAAUUUACGAUAUUUCAAAACUCGUGAUUAAGAUUACCUGGACACAUCUGUAUACAAUACUUUUUCUUUAUACUUUAUUGUGUUCAUUUAUUUAUUUUUUUGUAACUUAGGACAAUCAUAGUUUGUAAUUUCCAUUUCUGAAGAACACAUUGUCUUUCUUUUCCCCCCUGUAAACAAUACCGAUCAAUACUGGCAGCGAUUUCAAUCAUGUCAUCAAUAAAAAAAUGCCGGACAGCCGGUACCUAUCUCUUUGUUGACAAGAAUCUUAAGAUCAGUCCCUUUCUCUCACGCCAACCAGUUGGACGAGCUAUGCUAAUUUGCAUUUUUGAAGAGCGCUCUCAAGGCUUACUUCUCCGCUUGUCUAUUUGUGUUGUUUUCUAGAUGAGUUUUUUCCCGGGGUGGUUGUGGUUUAACACUGCUGUGGUUUUUAAAUGCAGAAGUCUAACACGUGAUGCAUUUGUCGCAACUGAUAACUUUUUUGAUCGUGUUACACUUACGCCCACAACCGGAUAUUUCAGAGAUGACAAGCAGACGCUGAAUGUGACUUAUGGCUGAAUGAUUUCCUUGCUGAGGCAGGCCUGGUACGAACCAACAGCCGGAGAGAAACCCGGAGAUGAUCGUUAUUUCUACGCCAUUAAACAAUGGCCCAAGACAUGCAACGCAACGGCUACUCUUUUACCCCGGGACAUGGUACCCUUGUCAGCAUAUCAAUUAGGGACGAGGAUCCAGACCGGUCUUCAGAAAGACAGUGAAGGAUACACCGCCCUGCACUCUGCGAUUUUAACUUGGGGCCAUCACCUUAGAAUUUGUCCCAAACCAAAUCCUGGAUUCAAGACUACCCUGAGUGACGUUUUUGCCCAGGAUGAGCUCUGCCUCUGCAGACUCUGUGAUCAGGGCGUCAACAUCAACGCUAGGGUACAACUUUGUCGAUUCAUUUCAAAUAUUACAGAAAUAUUGUAAUUGCUUUUUAAAUGCAGUUUUGGUCCCGUUUCUACAGAGUGGCGACAGUAGCAGUCAGACUGCCCUCCACCUGGCUGUUCGCUAUGGGGUGCUGCCUGCAGUAGCCAUCCUGGCCAGCUACGGCGCUGAUGUCAACGCAGAGGACAGUAGUGGGAUGACCCCGCUGCACGUGGCCAGCGGAACUCUCCAGAAAGACAUCGCAUCUAGCCUCAUUAAGCUGGGAGCGGACAUCAACGCUGUAAGCAGAUGGACAGGGAACACCCCCUUGCACUUGGCCACCACGGCUGUAGCCGUACGGGACCACCGAGGCCCGGCGUCCACCGGCCUGGGCUGUGUCGCGGAGCUCCUGCGUCACAGGGCCGACCCCGAGGUGGCCAACCGAGCCGACCUGACGCCCCUGCAGGAGGCCUGCGUCUACGGCCAGGAGGAGCUGGUGGACGUGCUGCUGUCGCACGGCGCCGACCUCAACCGGAGGACCGGCGCGGGCGAGGGCUGCCUCCUCCUGUUCCUGGACCGCCCGGUGAACGUGCGGCGGGCGGGGAGCCUGCUGUCAAAGCUCCUCUGCCUGACCCGACCGUCGGGCCUCUCCGUGCGGGACGGCAGCGGACGCCUGCCCGCCGUGCUGAUGAGGCCGUGCUACGCCGCGCAGAGAGACCGCCUCCUGGCUCUAAGCCGGCGGCCCAAGAGCCUCAAGGACCUGUGCAAGAACCGGGUGUACCUGAGCCCUGCGCACGCCGGCAGAGAGCAGCUGAGGGACGUCCUGCCCGACGCGAUUUUCGAUUUUGUAUUCAACCGCUGGGACGCUCCCGGCGACGUCUCGUUCAGCAUGGAGGAGGACGACGGCGAGUGCCUUGGAUAGCUGGGCGACAACCUAACCACUAAAGAACUGCUAUGAAAAACCAUUGCCUACUGAGCCGCCACCGCUGUGCACAUGGAUGAACGCACACGUCUGACUUUCCACCGCAACUUUACUUGUCGUCUUUUUAGGAGGGGGGUUAUUUCCAGGGAGAGUGUUACCUUGAGGUCUCUGUGCAUCAUUCCCUUGGAGUGAAUGUAUUCCACACCUUCCAGUGUUUUCCGAAGCAAGCAGAGUGUGUGUUCCACAUCCACCAAGGCAUAGGGACCUGGGGAUGCAAAACCACACACGCACACACACACACACACACAGACACACACACAAACAAUUAAAACAUGCUUCUGUACCAACUCAAUUCUUUUGUGCCUGAAAAAGUGGGUCAUGGAUGAGUGCGAGAGCGAGUGAGUGUAUGAGUGAGUGAGUGAGUGAGUGACUUGAGGUAUUUGUGCCCGUGAUUUACAUUUUGAGGAGAGCUCCUCUGAAGGCCGAGAAUUCCUUUCCGAUAUCCAGUCCUUCAGGGAUCGCUCACAGAGCUGCAUCUGUAUGUAGAGCAUCAGGUGGAACUGUACCUACACACAAACACACACGCCUCCACAUGAAUCCGGAAAUAAAAGAAAAUACUUUCUACUUUUUUUUGAGGAACGGAGAAGAAAGUUCCUCCUCACAAUACCAAAUUGUUUCUCUAAUUUGUUUUU